UAGAUCUAGAUUCAACUCAGAUCAAGAAAUUCUAGAUUCUAAAUCUAAAUUUGUCUGAAGAUCAAGGCCCUAGUUAAAUACUGAAGGUUUUUGGAUAGAUGGGCUCUGAUCAAAGUACUUUGCCAGCGGGAGCUCCUGGCAGUAACCUAAGAUCUCAAAGGGAUGAGGAGAUACCCUACACACAAUAUUCUAUCAGUAAACCAAUAGAUUCUCAUUCCCCAAGACAGUCUCCCAGACCUCACAAGACCCAGAGACCAGUGGUCAAGCAGGAGAAGGAUGGAACACCAAAACAUGAAAUUGUUGUUGUUGCCGAUGGUCUGAUCCCAGUGAAAGAUCCUGACCCCGAGCUCACUAAACUCAACACAAUCCCGGUGUUCUUCCCCAUUUUGAAAGGUUCCCUCAAUAUCCCAGUGGGCAGUAAGGAGGUGGAUGUGCUUGACAAGCUGGACCACAAACAGUUAUUACUUCUCUGUUUGAGAUAUCAAGACCAUUUGCGGCAGUUGGCUGAAGCCGUUGCCUUUGACCAGAAUGCUCUGUGUAUACGAAUAAAAGAGAUGGACCAUACUAUUCAUGUUCUUAUGAACACUCUGACAGACAGACAAAAAAAAUACAGUAAAUAUGUUGAACAAUUUGGUAGAGUCACAGAAACCUUAACCACACUGAAAAAAAUUCAGAAAUCUAUGGAGGACAUUGUGCCUAAAAUGGACAUGUUGAACCGGUUACUCCCAACAUCUGAACAGCUUGAACCGUUUGGAACAAAACCUGAAAGAUCUAUGUCCAAGCCAUGAAUACCUUAAGUGAUAAAAAAAAUAGACAACUUAUUUUUUCUUUAAGAAAGAAAGAAUUUAAAAAUGUAAAAAAUAAUGAAAUAAACACAAAACCUUUAAUAGUUGGGUAUUGAAAGUAUUCCUACUUCUUGUAAUGCCAAACCAAAUAAUGGAACAUUUUUCAGCCAUCCAUUUAAAAAAUACUUUU